AUGUAUAGCAGCGGCUAUUCCCAGGUCUCCAAGUACAGCCCACAGGCCCAAAAGAAGAUGCAGUACCGGUCAAAGGGCAAGAGCUGUGGCUACUAUAUGCGCAUCGUCUUCUUCUUCUCCUCGCUCAUUCAGUCUCUUAUCAUAGUCAGCCUGGUGCUCUUUCUGAUCUAUGGCAAGAAGCAGGACUCUGCGUCCACGUCGCGCAUCCUGGACCUGGAGGAGAGCUUCAGCCGACUCUCCAUCGAGAACGUCGCCUUGAGGCACCAGAGGAAGAAUCUGACCACCUUACUCAACUCCACACUGACUGAAAAGGCCCGUAAUGACUGGGACCUGGUCAAGCUGCGCCACUUCUCCAACAUCUCAAUGGCUGUGAUCCAAGACCUCGACAGGAAGCUGCUGAGGGCCAGGCUUGAGCUUGUGGAGUCCAACUUCACACAAACAGUACAGAGGAUGAGGAUGGAAGUGGACCAGACCGCCAAAGAAAGGGACAACCUUAACUUGGAGGCUAUCCGUCUGAGGAGGGACAAAUCCACACAUGAGAAGGAGGUGCAGAUCUAUAGACAAAGAUGCAAAGAAGACUUUGCCCAGUCCCUGAGUGGUGUUUCCAACGUUACCAUAGCUUUUCUACUGAAGAUCGAUUCCCUCUUCCCGUCACACAUCCCCUUCCAGCUCACCUGUACAAAACAGAAAGAACUUCUGGAGCAGAUCCGCACCAAUUGCAGCAGCCUUUCUAGAGAGGUGGAGGACAAGUUCCAGCGUUACCUGAACAAUGUGGGUGAUCAGGUAUCACGCAUCCAGAGUGAGAACAGCCGCUUGAAAGCAGAGAACUGGCGACUGUCUGAUGACUACCGCUGGUGCAGCCAGAACCGCACGGAUCUGAUCAAGGUCAACAAACAGAACUUAGAAAAGCUUCAGUCACAACACGAUGUGGAGAAGGAGAGACUCCUGAUGGACAAGAUGAGGCUAAAUGGAGACAUACAAGUCCUGGAAAACAGCGUCAACUAUAAGAAUAAAGAGGUCGAACACAUUCGAGAGCAACUCAAGCAGCUUAAUAUAACCUGUAUGGCCAAGGUAAGAAAACAAGGGCCGUGA